AUGCAAGAGCUUGAAGAACGCAAAGAACACCUAAAUGGAGAGGAAGAAACGAGGGAGAGGAAACAACACGAACUUCGCAUCGCCAAGGACCGGGUCAAUGCUGUAAAAGCGAUGGAAACCUCACAGAAAGAGCAAGCUGAUAGGAAAUUGGCCGAUAUAAACAAGCAGUUGAGUGCUGCGCGACAGGAAGCACGGCUUCUUCAAACUGGCAGCUGGAAACUAACGGAUCACAACGAUAAAAUGGCUGGUGGCGAUGAUGUCGCUCUUGAGAAGAAACGGAAGAUCAAAACCGAGAUUUCGUCGACUGAUCGGCUAUUACCCCGGAAAGAGCAACUACUUAGUCAAUUCAAUCAACCGAAAGCACAAUCUCAGCCAAUGCGUGAUGGAAUGCUCAACGCGAAGAGACGUUCGAGUUUCAAUAAGAAUAACGCAAGAACCCAAGGGCUUGUCGAUAGUGAAGAUGGGGAUGAAGUUCGUCCAAUUCCUGUGGUUCUACCGCCCGAUGUUGAAUGGGCUAGUCAACAUGGUGGACAAGUCUAUGCCGCAAUUGUUGAGGACAACUCGACGCCCUUUGAUGCUUUUAAGAAUUCGAGAAUGACAGAUGCCGUUCCCGCAGAGCUUACUAAAGGAUCAGGAAUGAACAAUUUCACGGACACUCAGGCAAGCGAGCUAACACUUGCACCAGAGACGAUCAAUGUGCUAACCCAGAUGGAUGAAAACCAUGACAAUUCUAUAGUCAACGAGACCAUGGAAACAGAAUACGAUAGCUUUGAGGGCACAUUGGAUUUUUCGAUGAACAGGAACCAGAUGGACAUUGAGGGACGCUUUCCGGCUGAUAUCUUCUUGCAUACCGAUCCAACCAAAGCUACUCGUGAUCCAACAACAACUCACGAUGAAGCAUCAAGUACUGAACGAACGGAGAACCCGUCAGAGGUGGAUGAGGCAUCUCUUCGAGCAAUCGCACCUUCCAGACGCCCACAUGAAAGCCAAUCGCUUGACGACACAAUUGCCACGAUUCAAACUCAAGACACUAUCGAUGAUCCAUUUGAUGAUGAUCUAUUU